GAGUUUUUAAUGUUCAGACGGGACGUCUUUAUUCAUUGACACCUGAUGUGAUGCAUCUCACUGUUAUUACAGUGUUUUGACGUGUCGUUCAGAGAUGAAGUUCAUCUGUGUGAUUUUACUGAUUAUUACUGGAAUUACACUAUCAGAUGAGUACGAGGUGAUCGGGCCUUCAGCUCCUGUGAUGACUGUAUCUGGUGAAGAUGUGAUUCUGCCGUGUUCUAUCAAACCCAACAUCAGUGCUGUGAACAUGAGAGUCGAGUGGUUCAGACUUGAUCUGAAAGGCUCAAUAGUUCAUCUGUAUAAAGAUCAUAAAGACAUAAACACAGAUCAGCUUCAGUCGUACAGAGGAAGAACUCAAGUGUUUACAGAAGAACUAGAGAAAGGAAACACAUCACUCAAACUCUCAAGAGUCCAAAUCUCUGAUGAAGGAUGUUACAAGUGUUUCAUUCAGUCUGAAUCCUGGAGUGAUGACACAACUGUUGAUCUCAGAGUUGAAGCUGUAGGCAGUGUUCCAGUGAUCACUGUAGGUGGGUUUGAUGGUUCUGGUGGUCUUCAUCUACAGUGUGAAUCUAAAGGCUGGUAUCCUGAACCUGAUAUUGUGUGGCUGAACAGUGAAGGAGUCACUUUAACAUCUGAAUCUCCAGACACACACAGAGAUGACACAGAUGGAUUCAGUGUGAAACACAUGAUCACUGUAUAUAACACUGACACUAAAUAUCACUGCAGAGUCAGAAUGAGACAUCACAUGAUGGAGGCUGAAAUGAUCACAUCCAGUGAGUAA